AUGGACGUCCGAUCGUUAGCUUGGUCGCCUGUUGCACCUCUUGCAUUGUUACCACAGUCGCGAAACCGCUCGUCGCUUGUGACCACGCCAGCAGUCCGCGUCGCAGCACCCAUACCGGCGUCGCUGAGCCGCCUCUGGGGUCAGCAGAAAUCGCGGGUGCUAUGUUCCGCGAGUUCUGCUGCUGCUGAGGGUGAUGGUGCAUCUGAGGCGUCCGUUGCGGUUGCCGUGGCACAAGCCGAGCCUGCUCAGGAACAGAAGCAAUCACAGGCGCAGCAGGAGAGGAACACGGAGGUGAAUCAGCAGCAGCAGCAGCAGAAGCAGAAACAAAAGAAGCAGAAGCAACCACAACAGCAGCAGCAGGGGAAAGGGAAGGGAGGAGGCAAGGGUCAGAAAGGCGACGGCGAGAAUUUCUCAUCGAAGGAGGCGGUCCGUGGACUGCGCGUAGCUAAGGUGGAGGCCCUGCGCGCGGAGGGGCGCAACCCCUUCGCGUACACCUUCCCCCGCACGCACAGGGCGGCGGAGCUACAGGAGCGCUUCAGGGGGCUGGGGAGCGGGGAGCAGGCGGAGGGCGGGGAGGUGGUGGCGGUGGCGGGGCGCGUGGUGGCGCGGAGGGUGAUGGGGAAGCUGGCGUUCCUGACGCUGAGGGACGAGGAGACGAGCAUCCAGCUAUACUGCGAGAAGGCAGUGAUGGAGGACUCAGAAGAGGGAUCCUUUGCGUUCCUGAAGACCACUCUGGACGUGGGGGACAUUGUGGGGGCUACUGGCACCAUCAAGCGAACCGAGCGAGGGGAGUUGAGUGUGGUGGUGCAGGGCGUGCAGCUGCUGACCAAGUCGCUGCUGCCUCUGCCUGACAAGUGGCACGGACUGGCAGACGUGGAGAUUCGCUACCGCCAAAGGUAUCUGGAUAUGAUUGUCAACCCCUCUGUGGCGUCCGUAUUCAGAGCGAGGGCCAAGGUGAUCAAGGCCAUUCGGCAGCACAUGGAAGACAACUGCUUCGUUGAGAUCGAGACGCCUGUGCUGCAGGGCGAGGCAGGAGGAGCGGAGGCGAGGCCAUUCAUAACGCACCACAACGCACUGCAACAGGACAUGUUCCUGCGCAUUGCCACAGAGCUGCACCUCAAGCGCAUGCUGGUGGGGGGCUUUGACAGGGUGUACGAGAUAGGCCGCAUAUUCCGCAACGAGGGCAUAUCCACACGCCAUAACCCCGAGUUCACCUCCAUUGAGCUCUACCAGAGCUACGCGGACUACAGCGACAUGAUGGCCCUCUGUGAAGCCAUGAUCGAAGGCGCAGUUCUUGCAUUGCACGGCACCACCACGGUGCCCUACCAGGGCACGCCCAUCCACUGGGCGCGCCCCUGGCGCCGGGCUUCCAUGGACUCGCUCGUUCUGCAGGCCACUGGGGUGGAUUUCCUGUCUGCUGAGCUUGCGGGUGACCUUGCUGCGGCUAAGGAGGCGGCUGUUCGCGCUGUCAGGGAGGCUGGGUCGAGUGCGGGGGGUGUGAACGAGGGUGAUGGUGCUGCUGCUGAUGGUGCUGCUGAUGGUGAUGGGGCCGCAAGCAGCAGCAGCGGCAGCAAGGUGAAUCGCAAGGCGGUGGCAGCAGCGGUGCGAAAGAUAGAGGAGGCGGGGAGUGUUGGAGCAGUGCUCAAUUGUGUGUUUGAGGCAGUGGUGGAGAGCACGCUGGUGCAGCCCACCUUUGUUAUGGAUCACCCUGUCGAGGUCUCUCCCCUGGCCAAGCCCCACAGAAGCCGGCCUGGGUUGACAGAGCGCUUUGAGCUCUUUGUGUACGGCCGAGAGCUCGCCAAUGCCUUCUCCGAACUCACUGACCCUCUGGAUCAGAGGGCUCGCUUGGAGGAGCAAGUGAAAAAGCACGCAGGCAAGAUGGCCAGAGCCGAAUCUGCUGCGGCAGCAGCUGCUGCUGCUGGUGCUGGUGACAAGCAGGAGCAAGGGGCGAAGGGCAAGGGUGCAGCGGAUGAGGAGGAGGAUGAGGAGGCGUAUGAGGUGCGGCUGGAUGAGGACUUUCUCACAGCGCUGGAGUAUGGCAUGCCUCCCACAGCCGGCAUGGGCAUUGGCAUUGAUCGCCUGGUGAUGUUUCUGACUGACAGCCCCAGCAUUCGGGACGUGAUAGCAUUCCCAGUCCUCAGGGCACUCCCUUCUGAGCCCAAUGCAGCGUCAUCUUCAUGA